AUGCUAUCCACGGCUUUGUUUAGCUCUUUAGGGGCGUCAAAUACCCUUCCGUCAAACAGGAGUAUCAUUGUUGAUAAAGCUCCUGAAUUCGUCCGUCCAUAUGUUCUUCCUAAAUACAGGGGGCAUGCAAUUAGUUACUUAAAGUCAGGCCAAACAAUCCGCUUCUCUAUCACCGCCAACUCGUCCGACGGCGCCUUCUCACUUAUCCAACACAACGGCAAAGCUUCGGGCUUUUUAUCAGCCCGACCACACACCCAUGGGGUGACACAUGAGCACAUCUACUGCUCUCGAGGCCGCAGUCAACUCUGGGGUUUGCAGAAUGUCACCGACGCUAGCCACGAGGCCCGUGUUGUUACACCUGGUGACUACGGAAAUAUCCCUCCGGGCACUAUUCACACAUUCCAACUAGUUGAUCCUGACUCUCUUCUAACCCAUGCCUUCCACCCGGGCGGAUUCGAAAAUCUCUUUAAUAUAUACAGCCUGGGAGAUCACGAUACUCACGGCGUUAGUUCGCCCUAUAUUCCCACCGUUGAUGACUCUUCUUUCCCAUCGAUAACAGAUAAGGAAUACAACCUUCUCGUCUCCCUUGACCUCUAUACAGUCCCAGCGAAAGAGUAUAUCCCAAGACGUGACUUUGUAAACGGCACCGCCGGAGACAGAGAGACUAAAGAAGCCUGGCACGACGGACCUAAUACUCUACCGAAUGACCCGGAGACCCCCUAUUUUAUCGCCAAAGACUACGGCCCGAAAUAUCUCAACACUGAUAUCGGAUACAAGGUCAUCCAGCCUCUGACAACAGCUAAACAAACAGAGGGAAAUUUCACCAUGGGGACUAUUAUAAUGUCACCUAGGAUGGCGAAUGAGACCAUUUCCAGGGUGACAUUGCCACAUCAUUUCGCUCUGCAGAUGGAGGAAGGACAACUUUCAUUCCAGGUACAGGGGUAUCCCAGGGUGCAUCUGUUGCAUGGUGAUGUAGCGUUCGUCCCUGCUGGUACACCGUUUUCGUACUAUGCUACUGUACCCUAUACCAAGUUUAUAUAUAUGAAUGCGGGCGGUAAGGGGCUGGAUUAUCAAUUGUUGAGCAGGAGCGUGUUAUGGGAGUUCCCAGCUUAUCCUACAUAUGCUGGAUUCAAGCCUAACGGGACUGCAACUAAGUUUGAGUGA